CGGGGAACUUUGCCGCAUCCCCAAGAAAGAACACAAACGAACCCGAUUAUCAUUCAUUCGGCCCUUUUCAUUUUCAUUUCUUCCUUUCGGCCUCCCCGAUCUCGAUCCUGCGUCUUCUAUUCUCUCUGGGCGCUUCACCAUCUCUGCUUCCUACCAUACUCCAGAACUUGGUUUCGACUCUGUAACUAUGUCGACAUCUUACCUACCUGCCACUACUGAUUCAAUUGCUGAGGCUUUAGAAGCUAAGAAUCCGUCAGAAUCAAUCUCAAUCCUUUACCGUAUUCUUGAAAACCCUUCAUCUUCCCCUGAGGCGCUACGUAUAAAAGAACAGGCUAUAACAAACUUAUCAGAUCUUCUCAGACAAGAGAAUCGUGCAGAGGAUCUUCGGAAUCUUUUGACUCAACUAAGGCCUUUCUUCAACUUGAUUCCGAAAGCAAAAACAGCAAAAAUUGUGAGAGGAAUCAUUGAUGCAGUGGCUAAAAUACCAGAUACAUCUGAUCUUCAGAUUUCCCUAUGCAAGGAAAUGGUGCAGUGGACACGCGCUGAGAAGCGAACUUUCCUUAGGCAACGGGUUGAAGCCAGGCUUGCAGCUCUUUUGAUGGAAAAUAAGGAGUACUCUGAAGCCUUAAAUCUCCUGGCUGGAUUAAUCAAGGAAGUUAGAAGACUGGACGAUAAGCUUCUCCUUGUAGACAUAGAUUUAUUGGAGAGCAAGCUUCACUUUUCCCUGAGGAACCUCCCUAAAGCGAAGGCUGCACUUACUGCUGCAAGAACAGCUGCUAAUGCCAUAUACGUGCCUCCAGCACAACAGGGCACUAUUGACUUGCAGAGUGGCAUCCUCCAUGCGGAAGAGAAGGAUUACAAAACUGCUUACAGUUAUUUCUUUGAAGCUUUUGAAGCCUUCAAUGCUCUUGAAGAUCCCCGUGCUGUAUUUAGCCUCAAAUAUAUGUUGCUGUGCAAAAUAAUGGUUAGCCAGGCGGAUGACGUGGCAGGAAUAAUAUCAUCGAAAGCAGGUCUACAAUACGUGGGGGUUGAGCUGGAUGCCAUGAAAGCUGUAGCUGAUGCACAUUCCAAACGAUCGUUAAAGCUUUUCGAGACAGCACUAAGAGAUUUUAAGGCUCAACUAGAGGAAGAUCCUAUUGUCCACCGACAUCUCUCUUCUCUCUACGACACUCUGUUGGAGCAAAAUCUGUGCAGGUUGAUUGAACCAUUCUCAAGAGUUGAGAUUGCUCACAUUGCGGAGCUGAUUGAACUGCCAGUGGAUCAUGUUGAAAAGAAGUUGUCUCAGAUGAUUCUUGACAAGAAAUUUGCAGGCACUUUAGACCAAGGUGCUGGAUGCCUAAUCAUUUUCGACGACCCAAAGACCGACGCUAUAUAUCCAGCUACACUGGAAACCAUUUCCAACAUUGGCAAGGUUGUGGACAGCCUCUAUGUUAGGUCAGCAAAGAUAAUGGCAUAAGGUUAUCGGAAUCGAACUGACCCGAUAUGAUCAUGCUCUGUUGUUUUCAUGGCUCGUUUGCUUUACUCUUGAAUGAUUCCAAUGAACUUUGAUGUUGUGAUUUAAAAGAAAUUUAGUUUGAAGUUUUAGGUGCAGAUUUGUUUGGAGAAAGACCGUUCAGGCUCAUUAUAAAAGUUGAAAUGAACUUAGAGCACUGUGUGUAACUUGUGUGUCUGUUUUCCAAUUCUUACGGACAUGGGUACAGAUUUUAUCUUCA